GUCAUUCAAAAUGGCGGCCACCUGCUUGCCACGUCACCGUUUCCAGCAUGUAAGAUUCUAAAACACAACGUUUGUUUCUAUAAUUAGAAUCUGACAACUAGGGAAAACACGGUAUUAUUCCACGUAUAAACUGUGUGUGUUGGCAGGCUUUGAACUACUUGAUCUUCGUCAUUAGACAAAAUGGUGGUCAGUGCAUCUCCCUCCACCGUUUCUUUGGAUCAUAUGUACGCCAAGAAUGAAACUUUACUCGAAGAAGAUUUACUUUCAAGCUCGACAGAUUUCCUAAGCACUUGGUGUGAGGUAAGUUAACUUAACAAACAAAGGCCUCUUGUCGGUUUCGGCAGACAUCGUAAGCCGUAAAUUUUAUCAGUUAGCUUUAUUUAUUCCACGUAUAUGCUUUACAUGUAGACCAUGAAGCUGUGUGCAUUUAUGUUACGUGCAAUAGAACACAAGGACUUGAAACCAACUAACACUCUUGCUUAUCAGCUAGCGUUUUGCAGAGGUGUAGACACAUUUUGGACAACUAUGAGCUUAUUUUUUUACAGCUGCACUACGUGAGCCAAAGUUUUAGGUAUAAUUUUCAUGAUUCAUGACCCUUGAGAUUUGGAAUUGCUUAGAGUGGUAACAGAUGCAGUACCCUACGAGCAGAGGCCCUUCAAUCUUCCUAGAUACGACUUAUCUAGGAAGAUCGAAGGGCCUCUGCUCGCAGGGUACAGAAGCAGAUCAGUGUAUUCAGCAUCUGUGCAUUAUAGUAAUGUUCAUGUGUACACAACAUUGACAAAUUGUGCAGCAUAUGCAUGAUAGCUAUUUUUACAAACACUAAAAACAAACGGACAAAAGACAAACUUCCAAGAAAAAGGGGACCACUUAAAAGUUAACACAAGAAUGCAAUGUCAGACAUCAAAAGUGACUAUUAGCAGUAUCUGUAUAAAUUUGCUUUGCUCAGUUCUCGCUGUAAAAUGACCUGUGAUCAGGUACAUAAAUAAAAUGGCAGUAAAAUGGAAUUUAUGUUAAAAUACACUUUAAAAAGAUAUGGCACUACUUUGAAUCUUUAGUAAAGGAUACUCUCCUCAUUUUCAAGGGCAACAUUGCUAACAGUGAUGACGAUGACAUCCUCAGUCUUCUGUUUGGACAAGAAUUCACAAACUUUGGUGAUGGGUCUCCACCACGUAGUGAGAGCACCUCAUCAGAUUCAUACAUGACACCCAGCCCUGAUGCUUUAGAUGAUGUGGAAUUGAGUGAGAUUCUCAGCUCAACAACAGGAUCACCUGGUGUUGCACAUAGCACAGAGGACUUCACCAUAGAUCUUGGAGGUAUUUUCAAUAGUGUAUUUUUAUAUAUUUUCGCUUCAACAUAGUUUUAAAGUUGGCCUCUUGCAAGAGAAAGUAUAUUCAUGGUGGUACUUCAUGCCACUCUGAGAAAAGAUAAAAAUUGAAAAUAAUGUAUUUUUCACUGAGGCUGAAUUGUCCAACAUCUUGUUUCUGAGCACCUACAUUAUCAAGAUGGGACAGUUGAGGAGGAAGGAAAGUUUGAUGGGGAAGAAGAGGUUGGCGGAGUUGCAUAAAGUCUGUGUCCUAAAGUCCAGUAAAAAACAUCAUUAUUAUCAAUGUUUAUUUAAAGCUAUGCCAGCCAUUCCUCCCAUUUUUCCUUUUAAUUUUUUUUCUUAUAGUUUCCUCCAUCAGCAUCAUGCUAUACCACCCAACUUGUACCAUAAUAUCUGAGUCCUAGUACCAGUGAAAUAUUCAUUUUAUUAUCUCUUUGCUCAGUGAUCCUUUAUUGGUUGUCUUUGUAGGAUGGAAUGUUGAUAUUGAUUUACCAGACUUUGAAGGAACUACUGACAAUUCAGAGUUGACAACAAUCACCACAGCUUGUCUGCCAACUUCUGUAACAUCUGCAACUACAUGUACAGUGACAGUCAUGCCAUCCAGAACAGCAACAACAACAACAACAACAACUGCAGGCCAACCAACUGUCUCUCUUAUUAACAGGGUAAGUGUAGGGACACUGGUUUAUUGUCUGCAGUCAUUUUUUUAUUAACCAUUUGAAGCCUGGAUGAAGAAACAGAUUCUCCUUACCAGACUCCUAACAUUACUGAGGCAAAGUGUAGGAGAAGUUUGUUCCACUUGAAAGAGAUUCAUGUUUCAUUGAUACCUGACAACCUGCUUUGAAUGCACUGAUAAUUCUACAUGAGGAAUUUUUGGUGUAUACGACUACCUUGAUAUCAUAACUACAGUAUUUUGGCCGAGGCUUGGUCCUCAUUUUUUUUAUGUAGGUGAAAACCUUGUUGGUACAACCACCUCAUUAAAACAACCAGGGGUCAAUUUAAUAAAACUUUUAUACGUGUAAUUUAGAAGUUCUCAGACUCUAUAACAAUGGCUGCACUUGUAAAUUACACGUGUAAAAGUUUUAUUAAAUUGACCCUAGGAUUUCAUAGCUCACACAUGUUGAUUUUAUGAAGUUCCACUGUACAUUUACUGUACCUAUAUAAAUGAUCACAUUCUGCAGGUCAGAGUUCAGGUUACUGUGCUACAGAUAAAUAAACAAGACGCAGGUGUCUCAUAGGCCUAAUAAUCACCAUCCAAGCUGCUGUGGAAUCACUGUUUGGCUCAGUCAGUUCUGUACUCUUGACCUGUGAAAUGUGUUUAUUAGACCUGCUAUUGUUUCACCCAGGUUUCUUUCAACAAAAAUACAUUAUGCAUUAACCCAUUCGCUCCUGGAGAUUUUGCCGAAAAACGCGUUUUGAAGCUAGUCGAGUGGUUUUCUGGUCACUGUCGUUCUAUAAAGAGCUAAAACUCGCUUUCUCUCCUCCCUUCUUUUUUCGCUUUUCUUGCCUCAUUUUUUUUUUCUCUUGCUGGGCAUUUAGUAGGCUUGAUUUUGGUGGCAAGAGUUUUUAGGAAAGCGUUUAGGAUCUUAGGAUUAGGUGAAAGGAAAGGUAGGUGGGUAAUGGAACAAGAUUUUCAUGGAGAUUUUCAGGUCAAUGUCACGUGGUUUUUUGCUCGUUUCUCCGGUGUCCUUGACUGAAUUGUGCUCAUUCUGGUAUGGUUUGAAAGAUCUCUUCACUCUGCACAAGUUAGCGAAGAAAGUUGUCCUUGACCGUUAAAACUGAUGAUGUCACAAUGGGUAGAAAGGACCUGGAUCCGCACGGGCGGUUCAGGGGCGAAUGGGUUAACUCUCAUGAAAUAACCUCCCCAUCACUACAUACAAUGUACAAUGUACCAGUGGGGCAACAUGAGUCAUAUGUAAAAUUAUUUGUCAAUACAGAGAACAUGAAAUUAAUAUUUGCUCAUUAGAGGUAGUAUUUACAGCGGUCUCACCCAAUCGACUAUAUAAGACACAUACACCUUGCCUUCAUAAUCUUCUUUAUCACCUUCAAGAGAAUACACUUCACUGGUUGCUAUGUAUGGCUUAACACCUUUCCUUGCCCACUCUCUGCUUCAUUGCUCCUCUUUCAGGUACCCUACUCUAUCUCAGGUCUGUAUCUCUUAUCCGGAACAGGCCGCCAGAUUUCUCCAUAAUUUGCUUAAUAGCAGCAUGGGCGAGAUAGUUGUAAAUUAAGUGUACUACUUACAUUUUGCAGCGUUCCAUCUUAGUAAUAACUUCAUCUUAUUUUUUUGCUGAUUUAGGCAAAGACACUUGUGCUAACAAGUGAGGAGCUGAGAUUGUUGGAAUUAGAAGGGGUCACAUUACCCACAGAUAUGCCACUGACAAAGGUAAAGGAAUUUUAAAACAAAAUGGGCUUUUAUUUUCACAGCAAUUGUUACAAUUUUACAAGACAUUAAUGAAACGUCAUCCACUUCUUUUUGUGAAUUCAUAUGCAUUGUAUAGCUUUACCUUUCUGUUUUUUUUUUAACAUCCCAGGCUGAAGAAAAAGUUUUAAAGAAAGUUAGAAGGAAAAUUAAGAACAAGGUAUGUGACUUGCUAAUGCAAAUUGUAGUUAAUUCAAUGUCAUUUUUUUAAUACAUGAAGGUUUCUUCAAUGUAACAUAUUUUUGAAUUGUUAAGUUUGUUAAGUUUUAGCCAUUACUAGCUCUUGUCUGACAUUGAACUGAUUUCUUGUUGGUAGCAAUCUGCACAAGAAAGUAGGCGGAAGAAGAAAGAUUAUGUUGGAGGAUUGGAGGAGAGGUUUGUUGAAUUUAUUUAAAUGUACUUAUGAUAUGAAUGCAUUUGAACUAUGCCAGGUCUAAAGUUGUCCUGACCUAAACAAAAUAUGAUUGCCUGAUUAGUUUAAAAUUAUAAGGACACUUGUACGUUAUUUUAAUCUCUGCAGCUAAAUUUUAGUUUCCUUUGUUCUUACCUGUAGGUAUAGUAAUGUACCAUAAUGUGUUCAAAACAAUAUUGAACAUAAUACUGAACCACAUCAUAACCAAAAUUCUUUUCUAAAUUCUUUUUUUAGGGUAAAAGCCUGCACAGAACUCAACCAUAAUCUAACAAAGAAGAUGGCUAAUUUGGAAAAGCAAAACAAGUGAGUUGCCACAUUUUUUGAUUUGUUAAUUGUGCAAAAGAGUUACAUAUCAGUGUCCAUCUCAGAUUCCUUUGAUGGGUACAUAGGCUGAAGCUUGUGGCCAGGUAAUGAAAAACAAAUUAAUGAACAGAGGAGACUCGAUCUGGGAUAAGGUCAAUUUAGUAUUCUCCAGGUUCACUUCUAAUCAAUAAAUUGCAUGGAAUAAAAAAACAAAAGGGUGCGUGGCUAUUGUAAUGCCUAAAGGAAAACAAUAGUCUCAAUGAUGCUUGAAAAACUGUUUUGUGUUAAAAAUGGUCAUGAUUAUUAUUUUUUAUCAAUAAUUUGGUACUUGUAAAUGCCAGUAGAUUGACGAGGCUUCCAAAAUUAAUGUUCUUUUAGGUCUCUUCUUGACCAACUGAAAGAGCUCCAAGCACUGGUAGCAUCUACCCACCCGACAAAAGCCCAAGCUGGCACAUGUCUGAUGGUGCUGUUUCUGGCUUUUGGUCUGGUCCUUUUUCCUAUUAAUAACAUGAACUUGGGAGAGCAGAAAGAUACUGUGGCAAAAUAUUCUCCAGCUAUUGGUGAGUCAUUAUUCCAGUACGAGCUUCAAUGUGAGAGAGGGUGAGAACCAAGAGAUGAACUCAAGGGCAUUGAACCUUUCACAAAUUAAAUAGGGGUGAUGGGAAAGCUAUAUCCUUUUAUGAACUAAUUUCAUGGGGACUAAUACUGGCUGUGUGUUUCAAAGAAGUGUCUAGCCAGCAUAGGAAACUGUAAAUCAAGUGGAGCCCUGCCUCAAUCACCACCUUGACAAAAUUUAAUAUUAUCACAUUACAUUGUAUUUUAACUUUUCUUUUUUGGAAACUUUGUAAAAUGAUAUGUCCACUGCAUUAAGACAACCAGUAUUUCAUGAACUUGAGAAUGAGCCAGUGUUAUGCUAAUCUCACAGUAGGACAGGUUUAAAGAUGCCUAACUAGGCUCUAGGCUUUUAAUGCUUAAACUGUGCAAAGACUUGCAUGGUUUGGGUAUUAACACAAGCUAAAAUGAACCGUACUGGUCAAGAAUUUGACCUACUUCUGAUCAGGUCAAAAAAUUGCACAUUUUGUCAUUCAUUAUUUUUUGGUUUAUUUGCAGUCCGAUCACGCACACUUCUUCAAGUAAACGAAGAGUACACAGCUGAACCAGAAGAUGUUUCAGAGACAACUUCAUUUAAUGUGAACAAUUCAGACUAUCUCAAGGCAGCUACUCCCAUCACAUUACCAGGUUCUGUAUCACAUGAAGUUACAGUGGACGUCUCCGAGAUUGACAGAACAAGUCAAGAAAGUAAAAUAAAAGCUCACAAGCGGUAG